AUGUCAGCGCGGAGGAUGAACCUCAUCCUCGGCCCGCAGGAUGCAAGCAUUUCUGUCUACAUAGCCUUAAAAUCCUCCAGUCUUGAUAGAAUUGAAUUUUUGGAUGAUGACUCGAUCGGUAGGCUCUUUUCGAGCAGCCCUGUGCUUGAAGACUUGUCUGAAACAUUAUGCGAGCAGAAAGAUAUCAGUGUCUUUAAGAUUUCCGCUCCUGCUCUCAAAAUUUUCAUCAUAAAUUGCUAUGUGAAUGUUGAAAGCAAGUACAAGAUUGUACUUAAUACACCAAAUCUUCAACAACUUACAUACAAUGGUUAUGCAGUAGAAGGUUAUUCAGUGAGUAACAUAAAUUCUUAUGUCAAAGCUAACUUCGGUUUGUCUAGAAUUGGUGUUAGAGAUCUUGCCGUAGCAGAAUUUUUUGAAGGAAUUGCUUCUAGAGUUCAGUGGCUUCAUUUAUCCAAUGCUACGGUACAGACUCUUGAAUGGUACUCAUAUCCACUGCCAAAGUUUCAUUGCUCGACUUAUUUGGAGCUUGGUGAAAUGUAUGUUACAUGGAAAUUGUUACUGGAUUUACUUAACAACUCAUUGCAACUGGAAACUCUUACUUUUUGGGCACUUUCACGCCCUCGUGACGAAGACCACCCAAGCCAUUGGUAUCCACCUGAGAACGUGCAUUCUUGUUUUUCGUUUCACCUCAAAGUAAUUAAAAUCAAGUGGUUUGUGGGAGAGGACUAUGAGAUAAAAAUGGCACAGUAUUUCUUGAAGAACGCAAAAGUUUUGAAGAAAUUGAUGAUACAUCCUACUUCUAGUAAAGAGCUGGACGUUUACAACAAAUUAUUAUUGUUGGCCAGGAGCUCCAAGACUAGUGCAAUUGAGCAAAUCGUAUUUGUGAUGGUUAGCAAUCCAAAGCAGAAACUUAUUUUUAUUGUUGAUGCAUAUGACAUAAUCAAGACCUUCAUCAAACGAGCUCAAAUGGGCUCGUCUUCAAGAGUGCAAAUGGUGGUUGCCAACUUAGUCCGUGUUGAUAACCCGUCGACCUUGUUGAGGGAAGUAAAGAAGCUUAGCUUACAAGCUGAUCCAACUGGUCUGUAA